AUGGCCAACACCCAGACAUUAAGGGAGCUGGCUACCCCAGACCUGACUCAUCAGCCAUUGUGCAUCACGUUCCCAACUCUGGCUGAAAAUACUUCUUUCGAGCUGAAAUCGGGGUUGAUUCAGUUCCUGCCUUCGUUCCAUGGUCUUUCUGGUGAAGAACCCCACAAACAUGUCAAGGAAUUCGAAGUAGUUUGCUCUAGCAUGAAACCUCCUGGGGUCACUGAGGAGCAAAUAAGACUGAGAGCCUUCCCCUUCUCUCUCAAGGAUGCAGCGAAGGAUUGGUUAUACUACCUACCUGCAGGUAGUAUCACCACGUGGGCACAAUUGAAAAAGAAAUUCCUGGAAAAAAUUUUUCCCGCAUCCCGGGCUGCGAGUUUGAGGAAGGAGAUUUGCAGCAUCAAGCAGUACUUCGGGGAAUCCUUGUACGACUAUUGGGAAAGGUUCAACAAGUUGUGCACUAGAUGUCCACAACAUCAAAUUAGUGAACAAUUGUUGAUUCAGUAUUUCUAUGAAGGGCUCCAGUCAACUGACAGGAGUAUUAUUGACGCUGCGAGUGGAGGAGCCCUGGCAAAUAAAACACCGAGAGAGGCAUGGGAGCUCAUUGAAGCCAUGGCAGAGAACUCUCAGCAGUUUGGCUACCGUGAGAGUAACCCCCCUCGAAGGGUUAACGAGGUAGAGACGUCAUCCAUCCAGCAGCAACUAUCAGAGUUGACGUCAGCUGUUAGGCAAUUGGCCAUGAGGGACAUGCCGCGAGCGAAAGUAUGUGGAAUCUGCACGAGUAUGGAACACUGUACGGAUACGUGCCCCAUUCUGCAAGAGGACGGGGCGGAACAGGUAAAUAUGGCCGGAGGCGUGCCCACGCCCCGCAGGCAGUAUGACCCGUAUUCCAACACGUACAACCCGGGCUGGAGGGACCAUCCCAAUCUCAAUUAUGGGAACAGGAAGCUCCUUGGAGGACCUAGUCAAAAGCCUGGCCACGACUACUACUCAGCUUCAACAGGAGAUCAGAUCCUUGGCAGCAAGUACCGCGCAGCUCCAGUAGGACACCAAAGCGAAAAAGAAGGACCAAGAAGCUCGAAUAAGCCAAUUGGCAACUGCCAUUAA